UUUGGCCUUGUCUUAGGUGCUGUUUUCUGUGUGUGUCACUCAAGUGCUCUCUCUAACACCUGGCAGAAUAGAAUCAAGCAAAGACCGGCGCCAGUUGUACCGUUCAAGCUGGAAUGGUACCUUGGAAAAUGGUUCACACAAUCUAGACAAGAACCUUGCAGUUGGAAAGGGUCUUCUGACUUUGAAAACAUGGAGCUUAACUUUGUACUGGACCCUAAGAAAAAUCUUCUUUACGAUCACUCCAUAUGGAAGAAAGACAACCGAUGCGUUUUUGUUACAUUCGAUAUCAUUCCCUCAUCCAAGACGCCGGGAGCAUUCAUGAUUCAAGACCCUCUUGGUGACGUACAGUCUGGUGAAUGUGUCAUUUUGGCCAUUGACCCGAAUAAAUUCGUCGUCGAAUGGGGCUGUACAAAAGUGGCCUCCAUUGGUCAGAGAUGUGACGACCCAUGGGUAUCUGUGCAUACUCGUGAGCGAUUCCCGUCGCCUAAAGUGUUUGCCAAAAUCGAUCUGGCGCUAAUGACGACCGUCGGCGUUCGUCUGGCGGAACUCCCUCGGUUGAGCCAUUCCAACAUGCCUUGCGUUCUUGGCCAAGGGAAAUUUGCUGCAUCUGACUUCCUGUAAGGAUCUGUCUACACCACGUGACUUCCUUUAAGGUUUCUGUCGGAACUUGAAGACGCCAACGAUAUGUAAAAGGCUAAAGUAGUAAUAAUAAUAAUAAAAUACAACGGUUUCUUCAAUUACACAGACAACAUAUUACUUUAACCAAGAUAAUUUGCAUGAUAUUGUUUAUAACGCAUUAAACAUUUAGCUUUAAUGAGCUUGCAUAAGUAUAGCAGUAAUAAACACGGCUUUCCUCAGUUACUUGUUCAUUGUCAGUAUUUUAUUGUAUAUGCACAUAUU